AGUGACACUAAGCUCAGAGCCACGGGAGCCUGAGCAAGGAAAUGCUUCUCCCUUCUCUUCAGUAGUGGGUUGAGACGCUGGCCCCCUCUGAGCUAAGGAAACAAUAUUCUUCAAGAGAAACCCACCAACAUCAGGAGUACAGUGGUGGUCUAGAGAUCUCAGCAAAGAGGGCCAGACUAAAGUUGCUUCUGACUUGCUGCAACCUUCUGUGUAAUUCCAGGCUUGCCAACCCCACGGUCAGGAUUCUAUCCUUCUGUGAGCAAAUCUGUCUUCCAUAUACCAGCUAAGCAUGUUUAACUACGAACGUCCAAAACACUUCAUCCAGCCGCAAAAUCCGUGUGGCUCCAGACUGCAGCCUCCAGGACCGGAAGUCUCCGGCUUCCCGAGCCAGACCAAACAGUCUUCCAUCGUCAUACAGCCUCGCCAGUGCACAGAGCAGAGAUUUUCUGCCUCCUCCACAGUGAGCUCUCACAUCACCGUGUCUUCCUCUGCUUAUCCUGCUCCCCAGCAGCUUGCUGGCCCCAACCCCGGCCAAAAGGUUACUGCUACCUAUAACCAGUCCCCAGCCAGCUUCCUCAGUUCUAUAUUACCGUCUCAACCCGAUUACUGUAACAGUAAAAUCCCAUCCACUGUGGACUCCAACUAUCAACAAUCCUCAGUUAACCAACCUGUAAAUGCCAUGUCAUCCCAAGCUGCAAAUGCUAGGCCCACUCCAAAGACUCCUGACCAUGAGAUCCAAGGAUCGAAAGAAGCGUUGAUUCAAGAUUUGGAAAGAAAGCUGAAAUGCAAAGACACCCUUCUUCAUAAUGGAAAUCAAAGACUGACCUACGAGGAGAAGAUGGCUCGCAGGUUGUUAGGACCGCAGAAUGCUGCUGCUGUGUUUCAGGCGCAAAACAGUGAUGUCCAAGAUUCACCACAGCAGCAUAACCCAGAGCAAGCACGGCUGCACGUUCCCACAUCACAAGUAAGAAGUAGAUCGUCCUCCAGAGCAGAGGCCAAUGAUCAGGAUGCCAUCCAGGAGAAGUUUUACCCACCACGCUUCAUUCAAGUGCCAGAAAACAUGUCGAUCGAAGAGGGGAGGUUCUGCCGAAUGGACUUUAAAGUAAGUGGACUGCCAGCCCCUGAUGUGUCAUGGUAUCUAAACGGGAGACCAGUGCAAUCAGAUGAGUUGCACAAAAUGAUAGUGUCUGAGAAGGGUUUCCACUCCCUCAUCUUCGAAGUGGUCAGAGCAUCAGAUGCAGGGCCAUAUGCAUGCGUGGCCAGGAACAGAGCUGGAGAAGCCACCUUCACAGUGCAGCUGGAUGUUCUGGCAAAAGAGCAUAAAAGAGCACCGAUGUUUAUCUUCAAACCACAGAGUAAGAAAGUUUUUGAGGGAGAGACCGUGAAGCUGGAGUGCCAGAUCUCAGCUAUCCCUCCACCAAAGCUGUUCUGGAAAAGAAACAAUGAAAUGGUCCAGUUCAACACUGAUCGGAUAAGCUUAUAUCAUGACAACGCCGGAAGAGUAACUUUACUGAUAAAAGAUGUAAACAAGAAGGACGCUGGGUGGUAUACAGUGUCAGCAGUCAAUGAAGCUGGUGUGACCACGUGUAACACACGAUUAGAUGUCACAGCCCGUCCAAUCCAAACUCUCCCAGCUCCUAAGCAGCUGCGUGUUCGACCAACAUUCAGCAAAUAUUUAGCGCUCAAUGGGAGAGGUUUGGAUGUGAAACAAGCUUUUAACCCUGAAGGAGAAUUUCAGCGCCUGGCAGCUCAAUCCGGACUCUACGAAAGUGAAGAACUUUAAUAACUUUGCCCACAGGGAAAACACAACUUCGCUACAACCAAUAUAUCUGAUAACAUUGUGGGAAAAAAAAUCCAUGGCUAUAUUAACAAAUUGUGACUUUACUUAGGUCGUUUAACUAACUCACAUUUAGAAUGUUAUUUAGCCUCUGACUCUGGCACAGCCUGUAUUCCUCUGACUUGUGAAGCCAACAGUAAACUAAGUAUAUGAGUUCGUAUUGUAAGAGACUGUUUUAAGAUGCAGUGUCUUAACACUGAAGUCCUUUAACAACUGUGAGUUAUGAACCAGAAACUUUUGAAACACCACUAAUGCUUGCAAUAAGUUUAUGGGUAUUGCUUAACAAACAUUCAUUUACCUGUUUUCUCUUAUAGGAAUACUAACAUGAUAUAGAUUAUCUGAGUGUUCCACAACUUCCCAUCAAAAGAGAAUAAAAAUUUGAAUAACUAA